AGUGGAUAUAUUGUGUUAGUGCGCCAUCUACAGGACAGGUGCAGACAUUGCACAUGGUGGGGUUUCUGUCAGCAAGCCAAAGCGUUCAUAUGGGCGACAUCAGAAAGCUGCAGCUUUAAUUUUCUUUUAUCUUAUCAGAAUGACAGUUAAUUUGCUAAUACAAGGCUGACAGAAAACACAGUAACAGCAGAUAGAGAGUGUUUGUAUUCUGUCCAGCAGUGUUUUGCUGUGGUGAAGAUGGCGCAAGCACUGUCAGAAGAGGAGUUCCACCGUAUGCAGGCUCAGCUCUUGGAGCUGAGAACACAGAACUACCAACUCUCUGAUGAGCUGCGGAAAAAUACAGCAGAGCUCAACAGUGUCCGUCAGAAGACCUCGAACCUGGAGAAAGACUACGUCAAAGCGCAGAAGGCUUUGAACAAGAGCAAGAAAGCACAGGAGGUAGAUGCCUUACUCAGUGAGAAUAAAAUGCUUCAGGGCAAGCUACACAGUCAGGAAGAUGACUUCAGACUGCAGAACAGCACCCUCAUGCAAGAGCUGUCCAAGUUAUGUUCUCAGAUUGAGCAGUUAGAAUUAGAGAAUCGGAGACUGAGGGAGGGUCAAGGGCUGGAAGGACCCGCCCCCAGCUCUGCCUCUGGUCCAGUGGAUGCUGAACUCCUGCGUCUACAGGCUGAAAACUCCGCCCUGCAGAAGAAAUUAAAAGCUCUUCAAGAAUGUGUAGAUGUUAAUGAUGGAAAAGCAGCACUCAUCGAUGGAUCGGCCGGCACUAAUGGUGUCCAAUCAGAUGCCGGCGGUCACAGUGAUGACCCUUCGGCCCCAGGAAAUGAUCAGAUUGAUCAGGCCGAAGUGCAAAGCGUCAAACCGGAACAGCGAGAUAAUGAACUGAGCGAGGUGGCAUUAAAGCUUCAAACGGAAAUGGAGGAGAAAUGCUUACUGAGGGAACAACUCCAGACACUAGAGAUGUCCAAGCAGUCAGAAAUCACAAAACUACAAGAAGAAAAUGCUAAAUUGUCUGAUAAGUUGAAGAAAAAACAAGAGAGCUUUCAGCGGCUACAAGUUGAGAAGGAAGCACUUUACAAUGACAGCAGGACUAAAAUUGAUGAGAUCCAACAGAGGAAAGAGGAGGAGCUCAAAUCCAUAAACCUUCGUGUGCAGAAAUUGCAGACAGAUUUAAUGGCCGCCAACCAGAACGUCACUGAACUGAAGGAGCAGUUGCAGAGUAAACAGAAAGAGCAUGAGAUAUCCAUCCAUGCGCUCAAAGAUCAGGUAGCGUGUCAGAGCGCGGUCAGUCAGGAGCAGGUGGAGGGCAUGCUGAGUGAGAACGAUGCUCUCAGGACAAAUCUAGCAGCCCUAGAACAGAUCCAAACUGUAAAGACUCAGGAACUGAAUUUGCUGAGAGAACAAAGUCUGGCACUAAAUGCAGAGCUUCAGCAGAGACGCACAGAGCAGGAGAGCUUCCUGGCGCAGAAAGAUGAUCUCAACUCACAGCUACAGGAGUCAAACCGAGCGAAUAGUCGACUUCUGGAGCAGCUCACAGAACUGGGUCUGGAGAAGGACAAGCUACAGCAGGAGUUAGAGGAGGCCAGAAAGACUGCGGAUAAGCGUAAAGUCAUGCUGGAUGAACUGGCCAUUGAGAUGGCGCAAGAGAAGUCACGGCACAAAGAAGAGCUCAGUGAUGUGCGCUUGCAGCAUGAGAAGGAAGUGCUGGGCAUCAGGGCCCGCUAUGAGAAAGAGCUUCGCGGCCUCCAUGAGGAGAAGAACCGCACGGAAGAGGAGAUCCGCUCACAGCUACGAGAUGAGAGAGCUCGUACCAAAGAGCUGGAGGCUCUUCAGCCGUAUGUGGAGGAGUUGAAAGCUCAGGUUCAGUCCAUGGAGGGGACAAAGGGCUGGUUCGAGCGCAGACUCAAGGAAGCAGAGGAGACCAUGGAAAAGAACAAACUGGACCAUGCAGAAGAGAUCCAACGGUUACAGAAAGAUCACACACUCCAGCUAGAGGCUAAAGCUGCAGAGGUGGAGGCAGUCAAACAGCAAGUGACGGAGAUGCAGAAAGAAAGAGAAGAACUCAACAUCACAAUCAGCAAACUCAAACAGGAGAUUAAAGAUACAGUGGAUGGACAGAGAAUCCUGGAGAAAAAAGGUAGUUCAGCGCUGAAAGACUUGAAGAGGCAGCUCCAUCUGGAGAGAAAAAGAGCUGAUAAACUCCAGGAGCGGCUUCAGGAAAUCCUAACCAACACUAAGACCCGCACAGGUCUGGAAGAGCUGGUGUUGUCUGAGAUCAGUUCGCCAAGCCGUACACAGCAGACGGGUGACAGCAGUAGCAUCUCCUCCUUCAGCUACAGAGAAAUCAUGAAAGAAGGGGCUUCGGCUCCCAGCACCAAUAAGUCCAACACCAGCAGCCCUCAGUCCCAGCGUCCUGCUGACCUUUCGGACGACGAGGUCAGUGAGCUCUUCCAGAGACUUGCCGAGGUCCAGCAGGAGAAGUGGAUGCUGGAGGAGAAGGUGAAACACUUGGAGGUCAGCUGCGCCUCAAUGGCCGAUGACAUCUGUAAAAAGAGUGCCAUUAUUGAGACGUACGUCAUGGACAGCCGAAGAGAUGUAUCCGGAGGAGGUGCAGUGGCCCAUGGUGCUCAGGGUGAACGUGGAGGUUUGAGUUCUGUGCUGAGGGACUUGGUAAAACCUGGAGACGAGAACCUGCGCGAGAUGAACAAAAAGCUGCAGAACAUGCUGGAAGAGCAACUGACAAAGAACAUGCACCUACAGAAGGAUCUGGAAGUUUUGUCUCAGGAGAUCGUGCGAAUGAGUAAAGACGCCACCCCUGCGGAAAACUCCAAAGCCACGGGAUAAAACUGGACGCAGUCCACCCGAUGAUUCAGUACCCUUCUCUUUCUCUUUCUCUCAUCUCUUCACGGCUACCAGGAGGAAACUACAUCCAUCUCGUACAAAGACCUCCAGCAAUCUCAGAUGUACCCAGGAGCACAGAGGGUCAAACAGUUCAAGUCCAUCUGUGAUUUACAUACUACUGAAUGUAACGUAACACUUUACAUGUUUGUUUGUCUGUGACGGGAAAGUACUGUUAGAAAAGGGUCCGUCGAGCUAACCCUGGCUGCUUGACAUCCGUGAGUGCUCGGGACAGUGGCAUGGCCUCGGUGGUCCAAACAGGACCGUUCUACCCACCACUAACUCCCUUGUUCAGGAAAGCGUGUCUAAUGUUGGCGUCCUCAAACUGCUCUCACUGUUGUUUUGUAUAUUUGAUUCGCUAAAGACACUUACUGUAUGUGUGAAUGUGUGUAUAUGGGGCGUAUUUAUUCAUGCCAGAAAAUCCAAAUAUCAUCAUGUCUACAUCUCUACAGUGUGCUGCUCGUAUCUGAAAGAAACUGGCUAAAAUCUCAAGUUCUGCAGUUCGUUAUAUCAAAAAAAUUCAGGAAGUUUUCCGGUGAGAGCGUGCAUUUAAUUGCUGCGAUAAUUAUCGGAGCAUUUUUGUGGGGCUCUAAAAAUGUUCCCGUGAAGGAAAGCAGCUCCCUGGACUCCCCUCGUUAAGCAGCAAUCUCUCCGCAGCUUAACGACUCAAUUUGACACCCCUCUGUCUGUCUCAGAACUGACGGCGCUGUUGGGGAACGGACCAAUUUCUCACAGCGCGCACUUGACUCCCAUGAGAAGCUAGCCGCCUGUUUUAGUGUGUAACACCAGUUUGUUUCGUGCGCGUCGACGCCCUGUCUUUUUUGGUGAAUGUUGCGACAUGAUUCCGCUUUUAUGCAUUCAGUUUUUGCUAACAUUUUAAAUUCUGAUGCACACAGAAAUAUUUUAUUUGGAGAGUGCAACGUUAAUUUAAUCAGUGGUCCUCAGACUCCCAUGUUUUGGAUCCAUUGUGUCUUGAUGUUAGAGAAGACGGCAUAUUUCAUUUAACGCAAAUGAAAGCUCAUCGAGUUGGUGAAAUAUUAGCCUCUUUAAUUCGUGUCAAAUUAAAUAUGGCAUAUGCUCUAUUGAUCAUUUUAGAUGCAAUGAAUAUUGACGAAUUAUUUGUUUAGUUCGUUCCGAUUGCUCAACAGAACAUAGUAGAUUGAACAUUUCACGUGAGAUUAUGGAUUCAGCGUCCACUUUAUUCCUCAAUGGUUCUGUGUUAAUUUAGAGAUGUAUAUGUAUAUUCACCUUGGCAAAAUGAUGUUUUAUGAUUUGUGAGAUGUGAAUGAUCAGCAGGUCUUUGCAAUGCUUUAAGCUUUAUUACGACAACGGUUUGUUUCCAUGUUCUUGGCACAUGAGCGUGACGUUCGUGCAUGGUGUGUUAAAUGCCUGUCAAAUCCCUGUCUCUGGCUUCUUGAGGAAAUCCUGACGGAAUGCUUUUCCAUAUUCCUUUCGUUUAUACCAUACUGAAGUAGGAAAACGAUAUUCUUUCAUUUCCACAAUUGAGGAAACUGACAAAUCGAUUCACUUAGAUGAGUGCACUCAAAAGAAUGAAGGAUGUUUGCCUUUGAAGCUCAGAGUUGUUUCGUUUUUUUGCCUUUUAGUCUUCUAAUCUAAUAUCUGCCAAACAAGCUCUUCUUUAAUUAAGAUCAUCUUUUAAUCAUCACUAACUACAUGUAAGCAGAUACUAUUAUUAAUGUCCGAUAUCCCACUACAUCUCUAUGGCUAAUAUUUAUUUAUGUGCAUUUCAUGUCAUGUUCAGACUUCCAUAACUUGCAGUGAUAAUAAAGAAUGGCUGGAA